CCCAAAUCUGAUAUUUUGCACCCGCCUUCAGCAAAAUGGAGCAUCCAACGUUUGUUCCCAACUGCCAUUGCAAUCAACCUGCUGUGCUGAAAACAGCUUGGACUCAAGCUAACCCUGGAAGGCGUUUCUUUGGGUGCCACGGUUAUCAGUCAGGAGGUGGGUGUGACUACUUCUACUGGUUUGAUCAAGCAUUGCCCAGUAGAACAAAAUCUAUCUUAGCUGGAUUGCUGGAAAAGGUUGAGAAGAAUGAGACUGAAAAUAAGAAGGCUUGGAAUUGGACUUAUGUGAAGUAUUUUGUUGUUAUGGUUAUUGGUUUUUAUCUAGGAAGAUGCAGCUGCAAGUGA